AUGGAAGAAAAUAAAGAUAUAUCAUUUGUAAAACAAAAGAAUUUAUUUACCGAUGAUAUCGUAGUAUAUAAAGGACAAUACUAUGUUGUUGUAAGAGUAGCAUGGGACCAUGAUAAUUUAGAUAUUGAUGAUACAGAUGAUACAGAUGAUCAUAUGGAAGAUAUGCAUGAUGAAUCAAAUGAAAAUAAUAAAGAUAAAAAAAAAACAACAAAUUACCAUACUGAAAAAAUUAAAGAAAUGGUAUCGGAAUUAAAAAAAGAAUUAAAAGAGCAUGGAGAGGAGCUUGAUGAAAAUGAAGAUGGAGAUGAAGAUGAAGAAGAAGAUGAAGAUGAAGACGAAUAUGAUGAAGACUAUGAAGGCUCUGAUUAUAAUACAUAUGGAUCCGAGUACGAAUAUUAUAGUUUUACUAAUAAUGAAACUGGUGUAUUGUUAGCUGGUAUUAGUGGUGCCAAUGAUCUAACCGAAUUGGACUAUAAUGAAUGCAUACAAGAUAUUACAUUAUUUGAUAGAAAUUUUCAUUUUACAGAUGCUGUCCAAAAGAUUGGUUCAAAUAGUCAGUUACUAGGCUCAGUUAUCGAUAAAAGAAAGAAAUAUUUUGUAAUGCCAUUCGAAGCUAUUCAUACUGGUCUCAUCACUCAAGGUGAUAUAGUAAUUUUAGAUAAAGUAAAUGCAACAUCAAACUUUAUCAAAGGUCAAAAGGUUAUGGAUGAAAAAAGAAUUGCUGCUGGUGUUAUUGAAUCUGUCCGUUAUGAUUUGGAAUGUUUAGAUUCAAAUAAUAAAAUUGUAAAAAUCAAAGAUGCAACUAGAGCAAACAUUAUCUUUCAUCGUAUUUAUAGCAAGGAUUUUACUUUAUGUCCAGGUAAAUUAAUUUAUUAUAAGAAUAAAGAGUUAACAAUCACAAAGUUAAUACCAACAUCUGCAAAUGUAGAGUGGUUAUAUUUCUUCAAUGACGAAAUCCAAGACUUGCCAAACCCAACCCAACCAAUUCACAAUAUUAUACCAUUCAGAGAUGAUUUCGAAGUUUUUUUAUCGUUUGAAGCAGUUACAUAUGAAGAUUCAGAAGGAAAUAUAAAAGGUGGCUUUUUAUAUUUAACAAGUACAAAAUAUUUAGUAGCAUGGCAAGAUGGCGAAAUUAAAUAUGAAGACUCAACAACUUUAAUGAUUUGCGAUCCACUCGCUACAGAUUAUUUCCCUGGAGAUAUUGUUUGUCAUAGUAGUCUUGAUAUUGAAAAGCCAUACAGUAAUGAAAACAAAUUAUGGGGUGUAAUUUUGUCAUAUAAACCAACUGAAAGAACAGUAACAGUAAAAUGGAAUAAUAUUAACCAUACGAAAUUAAGAGAAUUGGGGCAAUAUAAAGAGCAGAGUCUAGAAAACAAUGAGAAUCAAGAAAUUUAUAUGAAUAAAGAACACAGCGGCAAAUCAACUUUUGUCGAAAGCGAUAUUUCAGUUUAUGAUAUCGAAUAUUUUGAAGAUUAUAAUUUCGAUAUGUCAGACUAUGUUUGCAAAGUCGACGACAAGUUAAAAUUAAAAGAAGCAGAUGUCUUGGGUCAAGUUAUUUGCAAAGAAGAUUUAAAAUUAAUUAUUAUGUGGAACAAUGGUUAUGAAGAAAUGGUAUACCCAUUCGAUUUAACCAAAGUUGAUGACUUUGACGAAUCUGAUGAUGAAGAAGAAGAAGAAGAAUACGAAUCAAUGGAUCUAUCUGAUGAAGAAAAGAUUAAUCAAGUUGGCCAAAACAUUUUAAAGAGAUUAGAAAAAGCUAAAAAAGCCAAAGAUACAUUAAAGGACCUUUUAGAUAAAUAUGAAGGUAAAGAAGAUAAUGCAGACACCCAAGAAACACCAAACGAACCAAGCAGCACCAAUACCGCAAUUGACACAGACACCGACGCUGACCAAGAGGGUUCACAAUAUGAAAAUGGUGUUUUGAAAUUUGAAAUGCUCAAAGAGUUUGAAGCCCAUAACUUUUUUGAAGAGAAAUGCUCACCAAAUAAGAAAUUUAUGGUUGCUUUUAAUAAAGAGUUAGAAAUACUUCGUACAUCUUUGCCACCAGGUAUUUUUGUUAAAGCAAACUCCAGCAGAAUCAAUUUAUUCAGUGCACUCAUCAUUGGUCCAGAAGAUACAAUUUAUGAAAAUAGCGUUUUUAUAUUUGACAUUUUCUUACCAUCCAAUUAUCCAUCAGUAGCACCCAAAGUAUUCUUCCAUAGUGUUUCAUUCAAGCUACAUCCAAAUUUAAAUGUAAAUGGUACCGUAUGUUUAUCGUUGUUGGGCACAUGGCACGGCAAUCGAAAUGAAAUGUGGAUACCAGAUGUUUCAAAUCUACUUCAAGUUUUAAUUAGUAUCCAAGGUUUGAUUUUAGGUUGCAAAGAACCCUAUUUCUUAGAGGCUGGUUAUGAAACUCAAAUUGGAACUCACAUAGGUGUCAGAAAUUCAUCUCUAUACAAUGAAGACUCUUAUCUCUUGUCUUUGGAAACUAUAUACUUUUAUUUAAAAAAUCAACCAAUCCUUUUUAAAGAUAUAAUCAUAAAUCACUUCAAACAAAAAAAAAUAAAUAUUUUACAAAGAAUUGAUCAGUUUUUAAAUAGUGAAAAUAACAAUAGUAAUAAUAAUAAUAAUAAUAAUAAUAAUGCCCUAUUUUGUAUAAGUUUACCCCCAAGCAAAGGUUUUAUUUCUGCUUUAAGGAAAUUAAAGUCAAAAAUUCAAGAUAUCAAUCUUGGUUAA